AUGCGUCUGCGUCGAUAUCGACACUUGUUGAUAUAUUUGAUUUUUGCAUAUAUUUUGUUUUUCGUGAUUUGUUUUCGUGAAAAACUUCAAUUAACUACGACUCGAUCACCAUCAGUGACGACUUCUGAUACUCCAAAAAGUAAAGCUCAAAUCAUUAGAUCGGAACUCAUUUUCAAUGCUUCUACUCGCUAUCAACUUGAUCUUUCUAAUUGUUGGACUGAUCUCGAUUAUCAACAAUGGAAAGAUGGAAAAUAUUUUCCUGCAAGUAAACCCAAAGGUAAUAUUGUUUACAUGGUACAAACAGGCGAGAAGAAUCUACGAACUCGUUGUGAUAUAAUGAUGUGUACAUUCGGUGUUACGCUUCAUCCAUCGCGAUUGUUUUUCGUUGGAGAAACACCAUCGGAUAGUCGAUUGCCAGUUUAUGAUGUUGUCGAACCAAACACACCUCGACCGGUGGAUCGUAAAGGAAGUAUGCAGAAAGUAGCACAAGGUUUAGAUAUGAUCGUCAACAAACUCCGUGAAGGGGAUUAUAAUAAUGAAAUUGAAUGGAUUAUGGUUAUGGAUGAUGAUACAUUCAUUUCGCCACCUAAUUUGAAUUUAUUAGCUGCAGAAUAUGAUUCACAAAGACCGGUAAUGAUCGGUCAACAUACUUGUAAAGUUGGAUUUUGUGGUGGUGGUGGUUAUUUAAUUUCUCGGGCAUUAUUUGUUCAAUUACCAGCUUUCGUUAAGAAAUGUCGACCACAUGAUGAACUUUGGGAUAGUGAUCAGUUUGUACCAGAUUGUAUCAGGAGAAAAGUUCAAGUUGAAUUAAUCGACCGAAAAGAAUUUAAUUCGCAAAAUCCAGAAUUCUAUUCUACGCCAUUAGGUUUACAAGAUCACCCAAAUGGAUUUGGACGAGCAGUUACUUUUCAUUACAUGAAAACACCGAUGAAAUACGUGAAUCUAUGGAGACUUCAUCAGGCAUAUAUGAGAGAAUAA